AUGUCACAUGCGCCAGGAGAAGGUCGUCCCGUUUCUUCGCUCUUCCCAGCGCGCUGCAACGAGGAGGUGGCUUCUCAAAACGCGACAACAAUGGCAACGCUCAACGAGAUCGAGCUGAGCGAGAUUGAAGAACUAUCUCUGAACUUCAAAGAGACUCCUCGCCAAGAUCAUUCGAUGACACCAGUUGAAUUGUGCUACUUUGACGAUUUCGCCACCACUCUUGUCGUAGACGCUGUGCUCAAUUUCUCAACACACAAAAUGUGCAAGAAACGGCGAUAUCUAUACGGAGAUGAGCAGAGAGUAGCUCGAGAACUCAUGGAGCGCUUCAGAAAAGAUCAGGAUUGGACUCCAGCGAUAUAUGGGUUUUUGAACAUGAGAAGUGUUCGUUCAUUCAUCGAAAAGUUAGCAUUCAACAAACAGCUCGAGUUUCGUGAUCAUAUCAUACGAUUCCUCAAUGUCUUUCACCACGAUUCAGGGUACACCAUUCAAGAAUGCACUCGUUAUUCACUGGAAGGCAAUCAGGGCGCGAAGCUCGUUGCGACACGUGCUUGGUAUCGCGGCGACAAGAUUCAACGACUCAGCGGCGUCGUUUGUCUACUUUCAACACAAGACGAAGAUACUAUACUCCAGCCAGAAGGCAGCGAUUUCUCCGUGAUGUACAGUAACAGAAAGCGCUGCUCAACUCUCUGGCUAGGGCCAGGAGCCUACAUAAACCACGACUGCAGGCCAACUUGCGAAUUCGUUUCACAUGGAAGUACUGCUCACAUAAGAGUCCUCCGCGAUAUGGUUGCCGGCGAUGAAAUCACGUGUUUCUAUGGGAGCGAGUUCUUCGGCCCGAAAAACAUGGACUGUGAAUGCCUCACUUGUGAGAAGACAAAGCGUGGAAAGUUCAGCACAUCCGACGAGGAGGAGAACGACGAACCAUCUGCACUGUCCGAGAAGCGUAUAAAAUAUGGACUUCGUUCUAGAUCCCGCGUUUAG